GUGUGCAGAAGGCUAUUUUGGACAACCUCUAAUACCAGGGGGAUCGUGUCAGCCAUGCCAGUGUAAUGACAACCUUGACUUCUCCAUUCCUGGCAGCUGUGACAGCUUGUCUGGUGCUUGCCUGAUAUGUAAGCCAGGUACAACAGGCCAAUAUUGUGAGAAGUGUGCUGAUGGAUAUUUCGGCGAUGCUCUUGAUGCAAGGAACUGUCAACCCUGUCACUGUCACAUCAAUGGCUCCUUCUCAGAGAUCUGUGACUCUCGGACAGGCCAGUGCGAGUGUAAAGCCAACGUGAUUGGGCGCCGGUGCGAUGUCUGCCAGCCUGAAACAUUUGGCUUACAGUCUUCAAGAGGAUGUGUUCCCUGCAACUGCAACUCUUUUGGUUCCAAGUCCUUCGAUUGCGAUGGAGAUGGACAGUGUUAUUGCCAGCCUGGAGUGACAGGAAAGAAGUGUGACCGCUGUGCUCAUGGAUUUUACAACUUCGAAGAAGGAGGAUGUACUCCCUGUGAGUGUUCACGUUUUGGUAAUAACUGUGAUCCCAUCAGUGGCCGCUGUAUCUGCCCUCCCAAUACUGUUGGAGAGACGUGUGACAAAUGUGCACCUAAUUACUGGGGCCAUGACAUUGUCAGUGGCUGCAAGCCCUGUGAUUGCAGCCUCAUUGGAGCCCUGAGUUCUCAGUGUGACUUAAAUACAGGCUGUUGCUUCUGCCGCCCUGAAUUCUCUGGGGAUAAAUGCACCGAGUGCAGGCUGGGUUACUGGAAUUAUCCACAAUGUGUUGCUUGUCAGUGCUUCCUGGCAGGGACUGAUCCACAGAGCUGUGAUACAGAGUUGGGGAAGUGCUCGUGCCUUGAUCAUACUGGCCAAUGCAGCUGCAAGGUUAAUGUGGAAGGUGUCCACUGUGACAGGUGCAAGUCUGGUACAUUUGGUCUCUCUGCCAGAAACCCACUUGGCUGCAGCAGUUGCUAUUGCUUUGGCCUGACUACACAGUGCAGUGAGGCAAGGGGGCUGAUUCGCAUGUGGAUGACCUUGAAGCCAGAGCAAAUGAUUCUACCACUGGUGGAUGAAAAGCUUCAGCGCAGCACUCUUUCAGGGAUUGCAUUCCAGCCUCCUGAAAUAGUAGCAAAUAUAGAACAGGUGAUGCAGGAUCUUCGGUCAGAACCUGUUUACUGGAGACUUCCAGAGCAGUUUGAGGGACGAAAGCUGACCACUUAUGGAGGGAAACUGAAAUAUGCAAUCUACUUUGAAGCACGAGAAGAGACAGGUUUUACUACUUACUACCCACAAGUCAUCAUAAGAGGUGGGCCUCCCACCCAUACAAGAAUUAUUGUCCGACAUGUGGCUGCCCCUCUGAUUGGGCAGCUGACAAGGCAUGAGAUAGAGAUGACAGAGGCAGAUUUCACGUGGAAGCAUUAUGCAGAUGACUCAAGACCAAGUAGAGCUGUAUCCCGGGAAGACUUUCUGAAUGUGUUGUAUGAUGUUCAUUACAUUCUUAUUAAGGCUACUCAUGGCAAUAUCAUGAGGCAGAGCAGGAUUUCUGAGAUCUCAAUGGAAGUCGCUGAAGGUGGCACUGUGUCUGGGAUGACUCCUCAGGCUUACUUGAUUGAGAAAUGUGACUGCCCAUUGGGUUAUUCUGGUUUGUCUUGUGAGUCAUGCUCUCCAGGAUUUUAUAGGCUUCCAUCUUCACCUGCAGGAAGUCCUUCACCUGCUCAGUCCUUAGGUGCCUGUGUUGUAUGUCAGUGUCAUGGACACAGUACUAUGUGUGACCCUGAAACAUCCAUUUGUCAGAAUUGUCAGCACAAUACUGCUGGUCACCACUGUGAGAGGUGUGCGCUGGGAUUUUAUGGCAUUGUCCAAGGCUCUCCAGAUGACUGUCAGCCUUGUGCUUGUCCCUUAUCCAUUUCUAGUAACAAUUUUAGCCCUUCUUGUGUUGCUGAAGGACCUAGUGAUUACCGAUGUACUGCAUGCCCACCUGGAUAUGAAGGCCAGUACUGUGAAAGAUGUUCUUCUGGCUACACGGGAAACCCACAAACUCCAGGAGGCUCCUGCCAGGAAUGUGAGUGUGAUCGAUACGGUUCCCUGCCUGUCCCCUGUGACACUGUCACUGGACAGUGCACUUGCAAGCCUGGAUUCACAGGGUGGAAGUGUUUUGGCUGUGAACAUCGGCAUGCGCGUGAUCGCAUGAAAUGCAUUUCUUGUGAUGAUGAAUGCACAGGACUCCUCCUCAGUGACCUGGAUCGGCUAAACCAGAUGAUCCUGAGUGUUAACCUUAGUGGUCCACUGCCUGCUCCGUAUAAAAUGUUGCAUGGUUUUGAGAACAUGACACAGGAAUUAAAGCAUUUGCUUUCACCUCAGCGAGCACCAGAGAGACUUCUUCAGCUAGCACAAGAAAAUCUGGAUACCCUGGUGACAGAAAUGGAUGAACUACUGACAAGAGCCACCAAGGUGACAGCAGAUGGUGAGCAAACCAGGCAGGAUGCUGAGAGGACUAAUGACAGAGCGAAAUCUCUUGGACAGUUCGUCAAAGGCAUUCUCCAAGCUGCUGAAGCUGCAAAUGAAGAUGCUAUAAAACUGAACGAGACACUCAGAACCCAAGAUGAGACCUUGGAGAAGAGUAUUCCAGAACUGCAGAGUGAGGCUGACAGAAUGAUCGCAGAGUUGAGAAGUAGAGAGCUGAAUAUGCAAGAAAGAACAGCUCAAGAUGAGAAGGUAUCCAGUGAAAAUCUUUUGGACAAGGUGAAGAAAUUAUUUGGUGAGCCCAGUGAGAAAAAUGAAGAUCUCAAAAAUGAGGUCCGGGACAAGCUAGCAAACUACCACACCAAAGCUGAUGAUGCUCGAGAUCUGCUAAGAGAAGCUAUGACUAAAAUUAGGGAGGCUGAUCAUUUAUCUGCAGUCAACCAAAAAAAUAUGACCAUGGUAGAGAAAAAGAAGCAAGCUGUAGAAGACGGCAGACAAGAUGUUGAGAAGAGCCUGCAGGAAGGGAAUCAUGUCCUUAAUGAAGCCAACAAACUUGCAAAUGAAAUCAGCUUAGCUGUAGAGUAUGUAGAAGGCGUUGCAGAUAAGACACAGCCAAUGUCUGAUCAGCUGAAGGAUAAAAUAGAUGACUUAUCACAAGAAAUUCAUGACAGGAUGCUUCCCGAAAAGGUGUUGCAAGCUGAGAACCAUGCAGCCCAGCUGAAUGAAUCGUCUGCAAUAUUGGAUGGAAUCCUUGCUGAAGCCAAAAACCUCUCUUUCAAUGCCACACUUGCUUUCAAUGCUUAUACUAACAUCAAGGAUUACACAGAUGAAGCUGAAAAAGUUGCCAAGGAUGCCAAGGCUCUUGCAAAUGAAGCUAUGCAAGCGACGUCUGGUCCUCAAGGAUCAUUGAAGGAUGGCGCCAAGAGCUCUCUUCAGAAAAGCUUCAGGGUCCUUAAUGAAGCCAAGAUGUUAGAAAAUGAUGUUAAAGAAAAGGGAGAUAACCUGGACAGCAUGCAGAACAGGCUGAAAGAUGCUGAUGAGAAGAAUUCCAUUCUCCUGAGAGCUCUGAAUGAAACCUUUGGAAAGCUGUCAGCCAUUCCUAACGAUACAGCUAUAAAGGUACAGGCAGCCAAAGACAAAGCAAGACAAGCCAAUGAUACUGCAAAUGACGUCCUGGCCCAGAUUAAAGACCUCAACCAGAAUCUCCUGGGCUUGAGAAACAACUACAGUAAACUUGCAGAUGACGUGGCGAAAACAAAUGCUGUUCUGAAGGAUCCUAUCAAGAACAAAAUCAUUGCUGAUGCAGAUUCCAGUAUUAAAACCCUAGAAAAGGAAGCAGAUCGCCUGCUAGAUAAAAUCAAGCCAAUCAAAGAACUUCAGGAUAACUUAGGGAAAAACAUUUCUCAGAUAAAAGAGCUGAUAAACCAAGCUCGGAAGCAAGCCAAUUCGAUCAAAGUGUCCGUGUCCUCUGGAGGCAAUUGUAUUCGCACGUACAGACCAGAAAUAAAGAAGGGAACAUACAACACCGUCAUUGUCAAUGUGAAGACUGUAGUUGCUGACAAUCUGCUUUUUUACCUUGGAAGUGCCAAGUUUACUGACUUCUUGGCCAUAGAGAUGCGCAAAGGCAAGGUGAGCUUCCUGUGGGAUGUGGGAUCUGGUGUUGGACGGGUAGAGUAUCCAGAUCUGACCAUUGAUGAUGGGUUUUGGUACCGGAUUGAAGCCUCUAGGACUGGGAAAAAUGGCACAAUAUCAGUGCGAGCUCUGGAUGGUCCUAAAGCCAGCAUUGUGCCAGCCACAUUCAGUGCUGUCUCUCCACCUGGAUAUACCAUUCUGGAUGUAGAUGCUAAUGCCAUGCUGUUUGUUGGUGGUUUAACUGAAAAAAUAAAG